UUAUCACUUCCAUGUUAAAUAUCUUUAAAUAAGACAACUUUUAAUGACUAUCUAUCACUGACUUUUUUAUUUACUAAUUUCCCAGGUCUUAAGCACUUAGAGUCUUCAUUUUUCUGUUUUAAUGUUUGCAGAUAGCAAAGUGAAAAUAGUCACCGGAUGGCGUGUGACGUUAUGUUUUUUUUCCCCUCACUAAGGUAUUUCGACAAGCAAGAGCCAAUACUCCAGCGCUUGUGUUUUUGGAUGAAAUUGACUCAGUCUUGGGGUCUCGCUCAGUCGGCACCUUGGGAUGUGAUGCUCGGGAGCGAGUUCUUUCAGUUCUGCUGAAUGAGCUCGAUGGUGUGGGAGUUAGGACGGUAGAGAGAAGAGGGAGUAAAUCAGACCACCAGGAAUACCAAGAGAUUCUUCAUCGGAAUGUCAUGAUCGUUGUGGCAACCAAUAGGCCUGACGUCUUAGAUGAGGCCUUGCUGCGGCCUGGAAGACUGGAUAAGAUGAUCUAUGUCCCCCCUCCUGAUCAGGAGGGCAGGCUUUCUAUUUUAAAAGUCUGUACAAGCAACAUGCCGAUAGGACCUGAUGUUUCCUUAGAAAAGCUAGCGGCAGAAACGGGUUUUUUCUCUGGAGCCGAUCUUAGAAACCUCUGCAAAGAGGCUGCCUUGUUUGCUCUGCAAGAGAAUGGACUGGAAGCAACCUCAGUGAAACAAGAGCACUUCAGGGAAUCGCUUAGGACUGUGAAGCCGUCCUUGAGUCGGGAAAGCUUGACAGUGUAUGAAAACUUAUUUAAGAAAGGACUUUCUGCCUUGGAAGAUAAUUAAAUUUUUAUUUUAUUCAGUUUUUCACUUUCUUAUGGUUUGCAACUUCACACUUUCCAGAGAGAGAGAGAGAGAGAGAGAGAGAGAGAGAGAGAGAGAGAGAGAGAGAAACUUGCCCUGAUAAACACCAUCUUACUUCUAGAAAGUAUAUUAAAACACUAAUAAAAAGUGUGUGUGUGAUUUUGUUAGGAUAGUUAUAUUUGGUUGCUUUUUGUGGCUCUGACGUGAUGUCACGUUUACAGGAAAGUUGUGGGACUAGAACAGAGGACUUCAGCGUUCUCCAGCCCAGAUUCUUCCGUUUAGCAUUUCGUCAUUGUUCUCUGUCCUUCCUCCACACACACAGUUUUCUGAACAGUUGGCGACUGGGAUACAGUCAUACAUCGCUCUACUUGGGGAGGACACUAAGAAGCGUGUCAUUAGGCGGUUCUGUCCCGAAUGCCAUAGAGUAACGCAGUGACAGCGACCACACUGCCAGGGAAAGCCUUGGGAGGUCACUGUCAUACAUCCCUGUCUCUUAAACACUGUCUGACUCCUCCUCGGUUCUAGCUAGUGUUUAGUGUGUGCGUCUUACAAAUAACAUUGUCUCAUACUGCAGUUCUCUCACCAAGCUCAGGAAAUUAAACAUCAACACAGUAUUUUAAUGUAUCCAGUGAGUUCCUCUCUCUGUCCCUGUGAUGGCCUACGUAAUCAUCACGUAAUCAUCUUUUUCUGUCAGAGGAUCUAGUCUGGGGUUACACCUUGACUUUAGCUAUCAUGAGUCUUCCAUCUUUUACUUGGAAACAGUUCUCGGUCUUUCCUGGCCUACGUCUUUGGAAACAGACCAGUUUUUGGUAGACCGGUCAGCUCCAGCACGUCUGCACUUCUUUGGAUGUACGUUUUGUGUCACUGUGGUUGUUCUUCGUCCUCUCCGCUGGAGGCACAGUGCGCUCCGUGUUGUUGGUGAUGUUCAUCCUGUCCCCCCCAUUGUGUGGUUUCUCCUUUGUAGUCUUAACUCCCCCACUUUGUAAUUGUAAUUGGAGGCCGUAGUUUGGUCUGUAUGUUUUUAUUUUUAUAGAAGCA